AUGCUUUCCUCGCUCAGAAUUGCGUCGCGGCGCGCGGCGCUGACCCGGAACUUCGCGGCCAUGCGUGCCGCUUCCACGUGGGCCAACGUCCCUCAGGGUCCUCCUGCCAUUCUCGGUAUCACGGAAGCCUUCAAAGCCGAUCCGUUCGAGAAGAAGAUCAACCUCGGCGUCGGCGCCUACCGCGAUGACCAAGGAAAGCCCUACGUGCUGCCGUCUGUGCGCAAGGCCGAGGAGAAGGUGGUCGCGUCGCGCCUGAACAAGGAGUAUGCCGGCAUCACGGGCGUGCCCGAGUUCACCAAGGCCGCCGCCGUGCUCGCCUACGGCAAGGACAGCUCGGCCCUCGACCGCCUGGCCAUCACGCAGUCCAUCUCGGGCACCGGCGCCCUGCGCAUCGGCGCCGCCUUCCUCGCUCGCUUCUACCCCGGCGCCAAGACCAUCUACAUCCCAACGCCGUCGUGGGCCAACCACGCCGCCGUGUUCAAGGACGCCGGCCUGCAGGUCGAGAAGUACGCCUACUACAACAAGGAGACGAUCGGCCUGGACUUUGAGGGCAUGCUCGCCGACAUCAACAAGGCCCCGAACGGCAGCCUGUUCCUGUUCCACGCGUGCGCGCACAACCCGACCGGCGUCGACCCCACCGUUGACCAGUGGAAGCAGAUCGAGGCGGCCGUCAAGGCCAAGGGCCACUUUGCCUUCUUCGACAUGGCGUACCAGGGCUUCGCCAGCGGCGACAUCCACAAGGACGCCUUCGCGGUGCGCCACUUCGUCGCGCAGGGCCACAACAUCUGCCUGGCGCAGUCCUUCGCCAAGAACAUGGGCCUGUACGGCGAGCGCGUCGGCGCCUUCUCCAUGGUGUGCGCCGACGCCGAGGAGCGCAAGCGGGUCGACUCGCAGAUCAAGAUCCUGGUGCGGCCCAUGUACUCGAACCCGCCGAUCCACGGGGCGCGCAUCGCGGCCGAGAUCCUCAACACCCCGGCCCUGUACGACCAGUGGCUCGGCGAGGUCAAGGGCAUGGCCGACCGCAUCAUCACCAUGCGCGCCCUGCUCAAGGAGAACCUGGAGAAGCUCGGGUCCAAGCACGACUGGAGCCACAUCACCAGCCAGAUCGGCAUGUUUGCCUACACCGGCCUGACGCCCGAGCAGAUGGACACCCUGGCCAAGGAGCACAGCGUCUACGCCACCCGCGACGGCCGCAUCUCGGUCGCCGGCAUCACCAGCGAAAACGUCGCCCGCCUGGCCGAGGCCAUCUUCAAGGUCAAGGGUUGAAGCAAGAGUAGCUUCGUAGGACGAAAGGGGGAAAAAACGGAGGAAUGGUAGGACGAACGGAGACGGCUCGGGCUGGCGCUGACUGACCGGGUCUCUCUUGUCCGACUCGAUCUCUUCCCACAUGUGCAUGCAUGUACAACUCACAUCGCUGCUGUAGACUGUCAUAUAGAAUGUGGUUUGGGUGGCGGGUUGCCGGCAUGUACGAGCAGAAAAGUCUCCCGGUUUCAGUCCACGGAUACACGGUACGAUAGAGAAGAAGAACAAGCAAAACCAGAAUUGUGAUCGAUG